UUUCUCUCUCCCUCUCCCUCUCUCCCUCUAAGAUACUAAAAGUUUCAGGGUUCUGGGUUGCAUGCAAGGCUGAAGCUUCUCUGAUUUUCUUGGGUUUUUCUUGUCUGAUUUUUUUAGAUAAAGGGCAUGACAUUUGUUAACGGAAGAGAGGUUUUUGUGAUGUUUUGAGGCGUUGUUGAGUUUGAGAAUGGAUGGUUGAGAUUGGUUUUUGAGAUCAGUUUCUGGGUUUUUUGGGUUGUGGUGUAGUGUAGUGUGGCGUGGCGGAGAGAUGGGUAGUUCUGGUGAGCCAAACACAAAGGCUAUCGACCCGUCGGUGGGCGGGUUGGUUUGGGUCCGACGGAGAAACGGGUCAUGGUGGCCGGGUCGGAUAAUGGGUUUGGAUGAACUCUCUGAAAGUUGUUUGGUUUCGCCGAGAUCGGGAACUCCGGUGAAGCUUCUAGGUCGAGAAGAUGCCAGUGUGGACUGGUAUAAUCUUGAAAAAUCUAAGCGGGUGAAAGCAUUUCGUUGUGGGGAGUAUGAUGAAUGCAUUGAAAAAGCCAAAGCUUCUGCAGCUAAUUCUAAUAAGAAAGCAGUGAAAUAUGCUCGGAGGGAAGAUGCCAUUCUUCAUGCUCUUGAAAUUGAAAACGCUCGUGAAUCCAAAGAUCGUUUGGACGUUUGCUCAGAUAACUCAGGAGCAGAAGAACAUGGUAGUUGGGCAAGGGAAUCACCUGCCAUGUUUGAUCCUGACAAAGAAAAUGAUGAUAUGGCUGACGAAGUGAGUACUUUUGAAGAUAAUUCAAAUUCAGCUCAGGAAUUGUCCCAAUCUGGAAUUUCAUUUGAAGAGCCAAAUCACAUUAGUGCUCCUAAGGUGCAAUCUGUGCAGGGAAGGAGGCGACGAACACCAAAUGAUUCAGAGGAUGAUGGAACAGAAGGAGCUAAGCGUAUGAAAGGACUUGAGGACUUGGGCCUAGGUGUUGUCUCAACUAGAAAGGUUCAGGCUGGAGGCGUGCUUGAGCUGGUUCAACAAGACAGUGUUGCAUUAUGUGAUAAUGGCAAUUGUACACCUGGUGGAAGUCCUGUAAAUGGGAGCAAAGGUUAUUUCACAUCAUUGAAAAGAAAGAGAACUCAGGUGGCUAAUGUUCAGGAAUUCUUAAAAAGGAAAAACCGCCGUCGUCCAUUGACAAAGGUUUUGGAGAGUACUGCUAUGGUAUCUGUUCCUGUUAUGUGUGACCAAUUAGCCAGUUCAAGUGGAUCACCCCUACGUGGUGUGUCUGAUGGCAAGGUUUCUGGAUUAGAAUCUAAUGAGUCAAAAAGAAGCUUUUCAAUGGUAAUUAACAAUAAUUCAGACAGCACUGGAGUUUCAUGUGAGAAUGGAGCCUCAUUAAAUGCUUCUGAACAUGCCUCUGAUGUUUCCCAUAUUCCCUAUAAGCUGAAGGAGAAUGAAAUUUCCAGCAUGUCUGGGUUGCAUGAGAAUGAUUCCUCAGACAGGUUAUUUGAUGUGCCAUUUGUUGGGGAGGAAAAGCAUUCCGCAGGUUUUUCUCCCAUAUUUGUAUCUUGUUCAUCGGGAAAGCCUCAAGUUGGUGGUUUGGGAAGGCAAUCUAGUCAAAGUAGUCAAGCUGAAACUGUGUCCUUGAGAAAUGAGGGACUUAAUGAAUCUGGUUCUACGAGUUCAGAAGCUGUUCACACCAGUAAUUGCAACCAGAGGAUAGAGAAAGGUACUUCAAAGUGGCAGUUAAAAGGAAAGAGGAACUCAAGACAUAUAAAUAAAAAUAGAAAACAGAACUUGAGAAAAUCUGUGGACAUGGAUGAUGAAUCAGAUGCUUAUUUGGCAGGUAUAGAGCACCAGGAUGGAUUCUCUCUAGGUUCUGAUCAAAAGGUUGAUUGCAAUCCCGUUGGCGGGUCUGUCAUUUCAGACAGUUGUACCUUACAAGGGAAGUCCAAGCCAGUUAUAGAUGACCAGGAAAGUGGACACCGGAAUUGGAGCAGGCAUAUUUCUCACAGAGAACCUCAUUUGAGGGGGCCAACAUCUGAGGUGAAACGUUUGCCUGAUUGCUCUUUGACUCCUCAACGAUCACUUCCCUAUCGGCAUUCACGUUUUACAGUUAACCCCAGGUAUCAGAUGCCAGAUCUUCCCUUCAGAAAUUUUUACUCAAAUUCUUGCUUAUAUGAUGUUAAUCUGGAAGUGAAAGCCAACUACCGGCCCCAGCAUGUGCCAUUAGUGUCCCUCAUGAGCAAAUUGAAUGGAAAAGCCAUUGUUGGUCACCCUCUCACAGUUGAGGUUUUAGAUGAUUUGUCCGAUCUUCUGCUGAGUGACUCUGAAUAUGACCCAACUAACAUGUCUGUUUCGGAAGGAGAUGAGAUGGGUUAUGCAGUUAAGCGAAAUUCAGAAACUCGAAGACUUCCCACCAAGCAUUCAACAUUGCAACUGCGUGUUUCACCUAGUAAAUCACCCAAGAUGAAGAAAGGAGGGCUCUUGUCAAAAAAGAUCAGGAAACUAUCUUCACUAACUGGUUCUCACAAGAAAAGAGAUGAAGAGAGGAAACCAGUAGUGGACAAGCUUAAGGGUCCUGCUAUAGCUUGUAUCCCACUGAAACUGGUGUUCAGUAGGUUAAAUGAAGCCGUAAACAGUUCAGCACGACCAGCACACCAUGCUCUAACGCCAAGCGAUCCUUGAAAUUGCCAUUUUGGGGGAGCUUGGGGUAGCUAGAAAACCACAGCCUCUGGUUUUCUAGGGAUUUUGAUUCAAUUUAGGCAGCCUAGUCUCAUCUUUACAUUUUUAGUUACAAUCAAUUUCCUGCAAUGUACAUUCUGCCCUCAAGGUAGAAUCCCUUUGUAUAAUGCCAUGAUAUAUAAUUGCCGUAGAAAGGAGCUGGGAGUUGGGAGCUGGUAGGAGUAAGAUCAACAUAGGCUGCUUUUUGUGUAUAUAGUGUAACAUUAGUUGAGGUGUAAAGAUGAUGGGUCUGAUAUUAGGUUUCAUUUCAGGAAUUUGGGUUUGAUUUUGGAGGGCUUAAAAUUUGAUAUCCCAGUGGUACACUGGUGUCAAACACAGUUAGCUAUUUAUUCCAAGUCACAUUUUCAGACUAUUUUAUUGCUUGGAAUUCCAACUUUUCUCUUAAAUUUUGCUGGUA